AUGACCACUAAUGGAAAAACAGCCCUACACAAUCUUCUUGUGACCCUGGAUUGCUUGAUUUGCUUCUUGAACGCCGACUUUUGGUUGACUGACAGAUGUAAGUCGGUCCCCGACCCCGCUUACCUCCGGAUUUUUGAUGCUUCUCUCUGUUCUGAAAAUCCCGUCUCUGUUUCUAAUCAAGUGUACGAAAGCAAGUUUGAUCAACCCUGUUUAUCUGGACCCCCAAGCCGGAAAAACAAAAUUUUAAUCAAUUCUCCAUCUUCUUUGGUUGAGUUUGCCCAGUCUUGUUGCGCUAGAAAUGGGAGAGAGAUAUAUUGCCUUACAAAUGAAUCGUUGGAUGUCUCUGAUGGUUUAGUUGACGAGGACGAUCCAUUUGCUGGAGCGCCUGCCUCGCAAAAGUUGCCUGUCCCAAAACCGUUCUUAUGGAGUAUGUUCAGUCAUCCUUAUUUAGUCUCUUAUGGCUUUUAUUCCCGUUAUAUAAGUACAGUUCCAUUCUCAUUGUUUAUCUUGUAA